AUGUCGCAGCUCCCCCCCGCGGAGCGCCACCAGAUGGCAGCGACUUCCUCGGACACGGUGAGCCUCGACCUCAUCUUCGACCCGACUCCCAGGACCUGGCCGACCACUCCUUCCCCCACUGAUCCACGGAAGCGGGGGAGGGUGGGAGCCGGGCUGGACGAGGUCGGGACUGCGGAUGGGGCCGCGGCGGGCACGGUGGUGCUCGUCACCAAGGCGAGCUUCUGUGGCGGCAAAGUCGCGUUCGCCGUCGCCUUGGUCAUGAUCGGCGCCCUCACCGCCGUGAUUGGCGACAUGGCCACGCUCCUGGGCUGCGUGCUCGACAUCCCCGCUGAGAUUACGGCCGCCACGCUGGUGGCGCUUGGCACCAGUUUGCCGGACACGUUUGCCUCCCUGAUCGCCGCACAG